CGCCCCCUGCUUAUAAGAGCGGUGCGGCACUGCAGCUAGCGAGCGCAGCUCUCACCGAGACCGGUGACCCCAACUCUACGUGAGACGUACCGCCAGACUCAUCAUGCGUGAAUGCAUUUCAGUCCAUGUGGGGCAGGCAGGUGUCCAGAUGGGCAAUGCCUGCUGGGAGCUCUACUGUCUGGAACAUGGGAUUCAGCCUGAUGGGCAGAUGCCCAGUGACAAGACCAUUGGUGGAGGGGAUGACUCCUUCACCACAUUUUUCUGUGAAACUGGUGCUGGAAAACAUGUGCCUCGGGCAGUGUUUGUGGAUCUGGAGCCCACUGUAAUUGAUGAGAUCCGAAAUGGCCCAUACCGCCAGCUCUUCCACCCAGAGCAGCUUAUCACUGGGAAAGAAGAUGCUGCCAACAACUAUGCCCGUGGCCAUUACACCAUUGGCAAGGAGAUCAUUGACCCAGUGUUGGACCGGAUCCGCAAGCUGUCGGAUCAGUGCACAGGACUUCAGGGCUUCCUGGUAUUCCACAGCUUUGGAGGGGGCACUGGCUCUGGCUUCACCUCUCUGCUGAUGGAGCGGCUCUCUGUUGACUAUGGCAAGAAGUCCAAGCUGGAGUUCUCCAUCUACCCAGCCCCACAAGUAUCCACAGCUGUGGUGGAGCCAUACAACUCCAUCUUGACCACCCACACCACUCUGGAGCACUCAGACUGUGCCUUCAUGGUGGACAAUGAGGCCAUCUAUGACAUCUGUCGCCGCAACCUGGACAUCGAGCGCCCAACUUACACCAACCUCAACCGCCUCAUCAGCCAAAUCGUCUCCUCCAUCACAGCUUCCCUGCGCUUUGAUGGGGCCCUUAAUGUGGACCUGACAGAGUUCCAGACCAACCUAGUACCCUACCCUCGCAUCCACUUCCCCCUGGCCACCUAUGCACCAGUCAUCUCUGCAGAGAAGGCCUACCAUGAGCAGCUGUCGGUGGCAGAGAUCACCAACGCCUGCUUCGAGCCUGCCAACCAGAUGGUGAAGUGUGACCCCCGGCAUGGCAAGUACAUGGCUUGUUGCCUGCUGUACCGUGGAGACGUGGUGCCCAAGGAUGUGAAUGCUGCCAUUGCUGCCAUCAAGACCAAGCGCAGCAUCCAGUUUGUGGACUGGUGCCCCACAGGCUUCAAGGUUGGUAUCAACUACCAGCCGCCUACCGUGGUUCCUGGGGGUGACCUGGCCAAGGUUCAGCGUGCAGUGUGCAUGCUGAGCAACACGACCGCCAUUGCUGAGGCCUGGGCCCGCCUGGACCACAAGUUUGACCUGAUGUAUGCCAAGAGGGCUUUUGUACACUGGUAUGUGGGUGAGGGCAUGGAGGAGGGUGAGUUUUCUGAGGCUCGGGAGGAUAUGGCUGCCCUGGAAAAGGAUUAUGAGGAAGUAGGCAUUGACUCCUAUGAGGACGAGGAUGAGGGAGAAGAAUAGACAGCUACUUGGAUGGAGUCCCGCCCUGUUUAUUGCAAAAUCCUUUCGAAAUAAAGUUUCCUUGCACGGUUUCUUGUCCCUUUUGUGAGUGCUUGAGCGUCUGCUGCUUCCCCGUUGUGUUGCUGCUGCUGCCCACACUAUUUCGCUCAUGACCUUUUCCCUUCCGUGGCUGAUAAGACUAGCCAAGGGGUCGUCAUCAGGCCCAGGAAGUAUGACCCUAGGUACCUUGAUUUAAGAUCCCAGGGACACUCAGGAUAGGAAAGAAAUGAGGACUAAAUUCUGGAUCUGACCAGCUACAAACUAUUGAAGGAUACAAGUCUUCCUUUCCAAACAGGAACUGAUGUCCAGUAGCUUCUGUUGGACAGUUGGAUGGCUACCCUGUUUCUUCCUGCUGCUGCGUUCACCAGCUCUGGAGCAAGGCUUGGCCAGAACUGCCUUGUGCACUGUGAAUGGGAAGGGGGGCUGGGCUGCCCCAAGGUUCCUGGGCAUAAAGCCACAUCAUAAGCUUGGGGGAUGGGCAGGAACAGGGAAAUCUCUUAGUUGUUUGUGCCAUUGCACCUUUGGCAGCUUUGCAUAGCUUGCUAUCUGUCAUGCUGCUUUUCUGGGGCUAUGCUAUUAAAAGUCAGGUCAUCUUCUGUUUGUGCCUUCUUUCUACUCGCUGGUGGGAGCCUCCUGCCUAGACCCUAGGGAAAAAUUCUACUUUGUUAAUAGGCACCCCAGGACCCAUGCUGACGUCAGCAUGUAAGGGUGGACAUGGUUGGGAGAAGGGAGGAAACUUCGUUUUCCAGAGCAGGUGGUGCCAACCCUGCUCUUGUCUACCCUCCCUGGUGAUUCAGGGACACAGUGCCCUUCCCUGGGGAACAGGUUUCAAGCCCAGCUAAGGCAGGGUGCCUGUUUACUCAGCAAAGCAGGCAGGAAGUGGCUGCUGGAUACUGCCACAAGCCACUAGUCUCAUUAAUUAUUAACUAUGUGUGCACUACAAUGAUCAGGGAGACAGGGAAAAACAGCUGCCAGCUCCACUCCCCUUGCCCUCAGGCUGAGGAUGGGAGAUCUGCUAUGUA